AUGCUCAUAAUUCUUUAACUUUUGGUUUAUUAAGUCUAAUCUGAACUUAUCUAGAUUCUAACCAAGUAAGAAGCAAUCUUAGAAGUCUUUACUUCACCUGGAAUAAUUCUUGAAUAAUAGAUGACUGAUCAAAAAUUGUGUCAAAUUGUCCCUUAAUAAUUAGUGGCUCAUAAUAUUGAUGAUAAUUCAAUAACCUUAAUUGAAAGUUACAAAGAUGAAAUAUUUAGUUAAAACUUUGAACUUGGAUCAUUUGUCGGUAAAAUAGGAAAGAUUAUAAAAUUUGUCUAAGUGACUAAUGGUGUCUUAGUAUUAUAAGAUGAUGCUCAAUUAAAAUAUUUAACUUACCAAAAUAAUACAUUUAGAUUAAAAUCUACCUUUAAAUUGGAAGUUGAGAAAUUUGCUUUAGAAGGUAAUGUAUUUUUAGAAUAUUUUUAUUACCAAUAAUAAGUUUUAUUGAUAGCAAAUACUUAAACUAUAGCUUUGGAUUUAAUUUAUGAUGAUGAUGAUCUCUAUAUAAAAUAAUAUAAAAUUUAUGAACAAUGGUCACUCUCUCACAUAAACAGUAUUGCAACAGUUGGCAAUAUUAUGAUUGUAGCAAUGGAUACUGGAAUUAAAAUGUUUGAAUUCAAGGGUCAUAUAUUAAAUGAAUUAUUAAUAGAAAUCGAUUAGAUUAAUCGUGUUACUGAUAUCAAAAUUUUUAACAACAAAAAUAAUGAAAUUUACUACAUUUAUUUGUUAGAUAAAAUCUAAGGAAUUAGUUAAUAUAUAUUUAAUACUGUGACACAAUAAUUAUAGCUAAAUUUAAAAUUAGGAAUUAUUCCUUAUCCAGGAGAAAUUCUUGACAUAUACAAUGAAAUUUUAAUGAUAGUCAAAGAUAAAUAUUUAUACGAGAUUCGAAUUGAUUAUUAUGGAAAUUAAUAUUCACUUGUUAAAUAGCAUUAAUUAGAAACUGAAAUAGUCGAUAUCGAAUUGACAGAAUAAUUUGCUAUUGUAAUAGGUAGAAAUGGUCAUUAAAUUUUAUUUCAUUCAAUUCCAUCUACUUAUUCUUAAUUCGAGUGGAUGAAUCAAUUAGUCAUACCUAAUUUAAAAUAAUUAGGUAUUUUGUCUUUGAAUUUAGAUUAAUAAAAAUUAUAACUCAAAGAGGGUAAUUCUUCUUAUAAUAUCAUAAUCGGAAUUACAUAACAUAAAUUCUUUUAUUCAAAAAUAGAGUUGGUAAUUAUCUUGAUUAUUAAAUCUAGGAAAAAUCUUUUAUUUAAUGUUACUCAGAUGAAAUCACUUCUGAAAUUCAAUUAAUUUAUAGUCAUAGGGCUACCAGAUGUAAAAAUAAUUUGAAGAGUAGAGAAUGUGAACUUAUUAAAACUUAUAAUAUUUAAUUUGUUGAACCAAAAUAAUUUGGAGGUAAUAAAUAAACUUAUUUACUAAUAAUAUUACUAUACAUAGCCAUAUUGUUAUUAUUUAUUUCAUUUAUUGGAGCCUUAAUAUAUUUAUAUAAGAAAUAUCAAGUUGAUCAUGAAAAAUAUAGAGAACACAUACCAGAUGUAACAUAAAAUUUGAAAACAGACAAUUAAAACAAUUUUCAAUUACCAUCAUAGAGCAAGUUAGCCCCUGUCUCUAGAGAUGACCAAACACCAAUCUCUGAAUAGAGAGAAUAGAUGAAUCAAUAACUUCGAAGUAAUAGACCAAUAACAUAAGAAAAUGGUGAUUUAUCUCCUGGACCCUUUGAAAUUGGUUGA